GUUGGAGAGGUUUUACAAGAAUGUAGCAGUCCACAGCGACCAUGUCCCAGUUCCAACACUCCAGGGUGGAUUGUAUCCUGACUUAUUUGGGUCUGGUCUUCCUGGUGUCGGACAUUUGCUUGGACGUGGGAACUGCUGUGACUUUCUACCAGGAAGAGGAUUAUGUGUGCCUGGGAGUCCUGCUUUUCUUCCUCCUGGGCUCGUCCGUGCUGGUGCAGGUCUUCAGCUGGCUGUGGUACACCUACGAGCCCCUGGAGAGGGCCACCAAGGUGGAGAGUCGGAUCAGUCGCUGGCAACUCAAGAUCCUGCACGUCUUCCAGCUGGGGACUUACUUCAGACAUGCAAGUGUCAUGGAGGUGACCUCCUGCAGCUGCAUCAACAACAUCCAGGAGGCUGAAGGACACGCGGUGUACUUAACUCACGACCUCAGCAUGCUGCGUCUCAUCGAGACUUUCUCAGAGAGCGCCCCCCAACUCACCCUCAUGCUCACCAUCAUGCUGCGGCGGGGCCAGCUGGACCCCCUCACAGUGACGAAGGCGCUGGGCUCGGCGUCCGCCAUGGCCCUGAGCGUGACCAUGUACCACCGCUGCCUGCGCUCCUUCCUGUGUGACAAACACAAGCAGCGCCUGCUCUCCUCGCUGGUCUUCUUCCUCUGGAACCUGAUCCUCAUCUCCUCGCGGCUGGCCGCCCUCGCCCUCUUCGCCUCCGCCCUGCCCUGCUUCAUCUUGGCCCACUUCCUGUGCUCCUGGCUGCUCAUGUUCUUCUGCGCCUGGCGCUGCCGGACGGACUUCAUGGACAGCCCGGGCGGGGAGUGGCUCUACCGGGCCACCGUGGGCCUCAUCUGGUACUUUGACUGGUUCAGCGUGGUGGACGGGAGGACGAGGAACAAGACUCUGCUCUACCACGGCUUCAUCCUGGUGGACAUGUUCCUCCUGUGCGGCACUUGGUGCUGGAGGGCCUCAACACAAAUGUCCUUCCUGCACGCCGGCCUGCUUUCUGUCGCCGUUGUUGCACUUUAUAUACUCGGCCUCGUCCUCAAAGUCCUCUAUUACAAGUUCUUCCACCCCAACCUCAACAAGGACGACCUGAAAGGAGGCGACAAAGAGGUAGACCUGGACAGCGCUGUUGUUGUAUUCAUGCAAUGUAGCGCGGCGGAAGACGUGAUUGACGGCGGGAGGACGCCACAUGUGCAACUUUACAACAAAAGGAUGAGGAAGCUGGCGGAGAAUUUCUACUCGUGACAAGAUCACUUGACGAGUCACGUAUGUCGUCACCACCAACAGGAACUACCUAAUAAGUGGACAUUUAUUUUUAGCUCUGUUGGUUUUGUCAGUUGCACACUUUGGAAAAACAUGGCAAAACACAAACGUCCACUCUAGUGGACGCUGGCGUUCAGGACGAUAUUCCACAAACGCUAUCAAGUCAUUCGUAAUAAGACACAAUCACAACACAAAUAUCGACCUUGCAUUUUUACAUUAUCUGACUUGCCAACCCUCCCCAAUUUUCCGGGAGACUCCCGAAAUUCAGCGCCUCUCCCGAAAACCUCCCGGGACAAAUAUUCUCCCGAAAAUCUCCCGAUUUUCAGCCGGAGCUGGAGGCCACGCCCCCUCCAGCUCCAUGCGGACCUGAGUGAGGACAGCCUUUUUUCAUGACGGGAGGACAACAGGGUGACAAGAACUAAAUCAUCCAUACUAGAGAUACAUUGUGUUAUUAUGUUUAUCUUACCUAAAAAUAAAUAUAUUUAUUAAUUGAAAAAAAAACAACUAAAUAAAUUUUUGCUAUAUUUUGCUAAAAACAUAAAAAUUAAU